AUGGGUAGUUAUGUGGGCAAGCUUCACCCCACACCCAUGCCCCCUGCCCUGGGGGGCAAUGUCCUGCCAGAAGAGCUCACACACCCACAGCCCACUCACCCCACCCGUAGAAUUCCCACUGCUGGCCAGGUCCACCCAGCAUCCCAUGGCCUUGGAUCAACUGGCGGGCCAUCCAACAGGUGUCUACAGCAGAGGAAGCAGGUGCUGUUUGCUCACAACUGCAAGGUGUCCUUCAGCACAACACCCAGCUGUGCCCAAGACUCCUGCACAGCGAAGAGUGUGAUGAGGGCUCUUGGAGAGAGCAUCAGAGAAAAGGCUGAGCAAGAGAAAGACCCCGAAGUCACAGAGAAGCAGGAGGAGGAACCUCCAGGUGGGGUGCUGGCAGUCCAGAUACAAGACGCCCCACACCUGUUGUUUGAGCUCCUGCCCCCAACGAAAUGCCAUCGCAAGCUCCUACAGCUCAAGUUCAGGUUUCCCACUGCUGCAGAGGAGGAAGGAUCAGGCCUCAAAAAAACUUUUACUUCAUGUACCCACAUUACUGCAGUUGAAGGGGAACCUUUCUAUCAAUAUUGCUUAUUUUCACCUGCACAUGCGAAUGAAACAACCACCCGAAGACGGUACAAAAGCAGGGAAUCCCAUGGACAUGUUGAGCUAAACCCAAGCAGUUCACCCAGAAUUACUUUGCAUGAUUAUGUUUUGGAGUUUUGGCCAGCUGAGCUGGAGGACAGAGGAUCUUACUUUUUCCAAAUGGGAAAUGAUACUCAGGAAUGGAAAUUAAAUGUCAUUGGAAGAAAUAAACACAGCUGUUUUACCAAAAAACAAGUAAUUAGUAAAAGAGUGGAAGUUAAAAAAUCUUUGGAGAUAACCUGUAACAAUAGUUACUAUCAAAAACUGGUCAACCGAACAUCAUUGUACAAGAACUGCAAAAAGCUAUCUGAGAACAGUGCAAACCCACUGCUACGGAAGAACGCCGAGUUUGAAGACCAGGGCUACUACUCCUGUGUGUUUUCCCUUCUUCAUAAUGGAAAACCAUUUAACAUCACCAAAACCUUCAAUAUAACAAUAGUUAAAGUUCACAGUACUGUAAAUCCAGUUCUUCUUGGACCAAAGCUUAACCAUGUCGAAGUGGAAUUAGGAAAAGAUGUACAGCUCAACUGCUCUGCUUUGCUGAAUGAGAAGGAUUUGAUUUAUUGGAACUUCUGGAAAGGAAAUGGAACAGAUCCUAAUGUACAUGAAGAGAAAGGAGUGAAAAUUAGGACUUCAGAAGGCAAAUGGCAUGCUUCAAGAAUAUUGAGGAUUGAGAAUAUUAGUGAAAAUAAUCUACAUUUUUUAUGUAAUUGUACUGUGGUCAGUGAGGGAGGCACAGACACCAAAAGCUUCAUCUUGUUGAAGAAAGAUGGAAAAACAUACGAUGCUUUUGUGUCUUACCUGAAAGAAUGUGGACCCGAGAACGGAGAGGAGCGUAACUUUGCCGUGGAGACCUUGCCCGGGGUGUUGGAGAAACAUUUUGGGUAUAAGUUAUGCAUAUUCGAAAGGGAUGUAGUGCCUGGAGGAGCUGUUGUUGAUGAAAUCCAGUCAUUGAUAGAGAAAAGCCGAAGAUUAAUCAUUGUCCUCAGUGAAAGUUAUAUGUCCAGUGAGGUCAGGUAUGAACUUGAAAGUGGACUCCAUGAAGCGCUGGUGGAAAGGAAAAUUAAAAUAAUCUUAAUUGAAUUUACACCUGUUAGUGACUUCACGUUCUUGCCCCAAUCGCUAAAGCUUUUGAAGUCUCACAGAGUUCUGAAGUGGAAAGCUGAUAAGUCUCUUUCUUAUAACUCAAGGUUCUGGAAAAAUCUUCUUUACUUAAUGCCUGCAAAAACAGUCAAGCCAGGAAGAGAUGUAUCAGAAGUCCUGCCUGCUGUUUCAGAGUCUUGAUCUUCAGCAAAGCGGAACAUCAGAAAGACCUCUAGAGAUUCUGGGGACUGAGCCUGUGCAGGACAAAGGCUGUCAUCCAAAAGAUUUAACUCUAGUCUAUGAAAAUUCUACUCACAGUCUGAAGAUGACACGUGUCAUGAAGUUGUCAGGGAUAAGACUAAAUGAUGAGCUGUGGUCACGUGCUCCAGGAAGACCCUGGAGUGCAAAAGAAAUGCAGCUCCUCUUUCUUCUUCCAUAACUGGAUGCAGCUGCUCAUAUUUGAUUCCCUGUUCAGCAAGU